AUGGCAAAUUUUGAUAAAGAAAUUGUAGGAAUACAAAACAUAGCAGAGAUGAAAUCCAAGCUAUUGCUUAUAGCAAGGGGAUUAGACAGAGACGGAACGUUUCUAAAGAGCGAAUACAGCGACCUUGACGUUUUAGAGGAUCCGGAAACGAAAAUUAUUGCUUCGUUUUUACCAGACGAGAUUAUCUAUAAUGUUGAUGAUUACUCUCACAGGUCUUUCGAUUGUGCUAUACUUGCUGGUGAUGUAUCAGGUUUCACCGAUUUAACAGAAAAAUACAGCAAAAUGGAUGGAGGUGCUUCCAAAGUAACUGAAGUUCUCAACAGCUACAUUGGAAAUAUGGUGCAAGAAAUAAUGUCACAUGGGGGGGACAUUUUAAAUUUUUCGGGGGAUGCUUUUAUUGCAAUUUAUAAGAAAAGUGAAAAUUUUACCAAGAGAGAUGCAGUUCGCGAAGCCAUAGACUGUGGACUUAUCAUACAGAAAAGAUAUGGAAAUUAUCCUACUGAUAUUGGAAUUAAUAUAAAAGUUAAACUUUUGAUAUCAGCCGGUAUCUUGCAUUUUUCCAUCCUCGGUGACAAGAAAAACGCCCAGUAUCUCUCCAUAGGACAGCCCAUAUGGGACCUAAAAGAAGGAGAUGGAAAAUGUGGUCCUGGGGAUGUUGUUGUGUGUCAAAGUGCUUGGCGAAUAAUUAAUUCCAAUGAUUAUAAUUACACUGAGUUUGAUGACAACAUGUAUAUACAAGUACAUGGUAUUGGUCAGAACUGGAGGAUGGUGCAAAGAAGCCGGUAUUCAGUAUUUACCAAAGAAGAAAGUUUUGAAAAAUUUUCAGGUAAUACCUAUUGUGGCGUGUUUGGGCAUGCUUUAAGAAAAGAGUACACAGUAAUAGGCAAAAUUGUGAACAAAGCAGCCAGAAUUAUGAUGGCAUAUAACAACUCGAUUUCAUGUGAAAGGGGUACUUUUCUUUUGAGUAAGCUUAAACCAGCGUAUUUUACUUUGAGGGAGUAUAAACCUCUAAAAGGCAUUGCCAGUCCUGGACCGAUAUAUGCCUUCAAAAUAGUCAAAACUAGAGACGAAGAAUAUAUCAACCUUAAAGAUCCAUCACAUCCAAUUUUGGGACGAGAAAAGGAAACAGCACUUUACUUACAUUUACUGGAUGUAGCAAAGCAAGAAUUUCGAAGUGAAAAUGUAAUAACAAACGUUUUAAUAACUCAAGGACCCCCAUUAAUUGGCCAAAAGAGACUUACACAAGAAUUUAUUUAUGUAACUCCAAAAGAUAUACCAAUUAAUAAAAUAAGGCUUUCAAAUUUGAAUGUGGAUUUGUAUGAGCCAAUAAGAAAAAUAUUUCUUCCUGCUAUGGGUUUGACGGAUGUAUCUUCAAAGCAUAAAAUAGAGGAGGAAAUACGGACCCGUUUAAAUUCUUCGGAAAAUGAAAAAAAGCUUUGGAUACUAAACCCAGUUUUUAAUGUUAAUUUUAUGAGGUACCAUAUGGAGUUAAAAUUUACGGAAAGAGUGCAGGCACUAAGAGAAAUAUUAAUGAAACUAGCUUAUAGCACUUUCGCAACAUUGUGGGUGGUGAUGAUAAGAAAAAUAAACUAUAUCCGCGAAGAUAUAUGGAAGUUGAUUAAUGAAUUAUCAAAGAAGAAUCUUAUUUUCAUAACAUGCGAGAAAACCGUAAACGAAACUAAAAAUCUUCAAUAUACUUACGAAGAAAAUGUGCAAGUUUUAACUUUGCCACCACUUGACAAGGUUUUAUUGUGUUUUUUUAUUUGUCAGUAUCUCAAUGUGAGAGGAAUUUCAGUGGAAUUGAAAAGGUAG